AUGUAUACUGCUAUUUGGCAAAAAUUAUUUGAUUUAAUUCCUGAAAUGCAAAAUAAUAUUACAACGAUCACUAGCGAUUUCGAAAAGGCACAAAUAAACAGUGCAAAAGAUAACUUUCCUACAGCAAGAAUCGCGGGGUGUCUUUUCCAUUUUAAACAAGCUCUUGCAAAGAAAUGGGGAGGUUUAAAUAUAUCUACGGAUUAUGAUUACAUCUUGGAAAAAAGUUAUGCGGUCGCUCAUUUGCCAUCUGAAAAGAUAAAUGAAGGAGUGGCACAUAUAAUGAGUCUGAUAGAUCGUGUAUGGCAAAGGAACGAACCAGCUAGAGACAAAUUGCAAAGAUUCGGGACGUACAUGCGAACAUAUUGGCUCCCAUUAUCAAAUAUUAUAUCAGUUUAUAAAAAACCAUUUCGAACAAAUAAUACAUGUGAAAAUUUUCAUUUACACGCAUCGAAAACAAUAGAUACUGUUGAAGAUUUUUUAAAUAACGUUGCUGCUCAGAGACGAUAUUAUUUAGCGAGAAUAUUUAUGUACAAUGAAAACAUUAGACGUCCAAAUAAUGUAGUCGGAGAAAACAUUGAGUUGGACGACGAAUUGGACGAAAAUAAUAGUCUGGAAAAUGUUUCUUUUCUCCAAGAUAAUUUGAGCGCUGAUGCUGGACCAGGUAAUAGAUUAUAG